AGCAGUACCAGCGAAACAAAAAGACCUCCUCAACCACAACCAUAAUGUCGUUCCUAGGAUUCGGCAAGCCCCAACCAACUUUAGCCGAGAAGAUGACCGCGGCGGAACAAGAACUCGAGAUGAUUACUGAUAUGUUCAAUAGGCUCACCCGAUCAUGCCACAACAAAUGCAUUCCAACCGAUUACAAAGAGGCGGACCUGAACAAGGGCGAGUCGGUCUGCCUCGAUCGCUGCGUUUCCAAGUUCUUCGACGUCAACAUCAAGGUCAGUGAAGCGAUGCAGAGCCAGAGCCAGGCCAUGCGAGGUGCCCAGGGCGGUGGUGGGCUCGGUGCUUAAGUUGUUUACUUUCCUCCCCAGCGAGACUAGAUGGUAUACUGUACAUUGCAAAGUAAUGGGGAUGCCGUGAAUGGAAAGGAUUGGAAAGGAAGGUGUGCGUCACAACUUGGGCCGGGGUGGAGUCUUUUUCCUUUUCCUUUCCCUUUUUCUUUCUAUUAUCUAUACACCUUAUCGUACAUCACCCUUCUCACGAUCUUGGAAUAAUUAGUCUAGCGUUUGGAAAGCAGAGCAAAUGUGUUGCAGCAACUGCUUCAAUUUUUCAAAUA